AUGCCGCAGGAGGAGAACAUCGUCUGCCACGCCGUUGUCCUCCGCAUGGGGGAACUCUUUGGUGAGUUUGGGCUUGAGUUUGACAGCAGUCAUCUCGCCAAUGACGUUGCCGCCGUCACGAAGUGGAAUCUGCACAUUGACCUGGAGGAUUUUGACGGUAGUCCCGAGUUGUGCUUUGACGAGGAGAUGUCGAUUGAGAAGCCACGCAAAGUAGUGAAGUUGAGGGCUGGUCGGUUUUACCUCGCGCGUGUUCGUGUGUUUCUGGCGGACACUUUGACGUGGAGCGCCUGGUCAGACACCGUGCGCACCGCCACCUUGCAUGCCGUACUGGGCCAAGUGAAGGAAAUUGGCGAGGACUACGUGCGGGUGCAGUGGAAUCGUCCCCCGCGUGACACGUCCCACAUCAUUGAGGAGAGGGAUAUUCAGGCGACGCAAGCCAUUGCAGAUAUUUUAGACUUGGAGCUACGUAUUAUGCGUGAGGAUGAAAUGGUACAGGAAUUUUGCGAUCGCUUUGCGGUCGGAGUACGGACGUACACCGUUCGUGGGUUGCGUCCUGGUGCCGCCUACAUUGUCAUGAUUCGGUACAAGACGCUUAUCAACACCAUGAAAAACUGGACGGAAGUUGGUCGUUUAUACACCAAAUCAAGAAACAUCAUCUCCCUUGUUAGCCGGGGUGAGGAUGCUAUCAAGGUGAGUUGGCACCCGGGACCGAGUCCCGUUGACGCCGUGGGGUACAUCGUUCCGGAAACAACUGUCCAUCUCUACGAGGUUUACCUUGAAGGGGAAGAUACUACAACGAAUACGGUGCAAUUACCAGAGCAACAACGUGAGUACCGUGUGGAGGGAUUGUCACCGGGCACGCUGUACGCCUUCUAUGUACGUAGUUUAACCAUUGAGGGAAUAUGGGGCUGUCGCUCCGAGCCAUGUAAGGUGCGUACGGCGGAAAUUCCAGAGCUCUCCGUUGUUGCUUCCGGUGAGACAUUUCUCUCCUUCACGUGGAUGCGGGGACACGAGGAAGCCGAGGAGUCCAGGGUGGAGUUUUGCCUCCAGAGUUUUACGUCACGGCACAAGCAGCAAGAAAUCAUUCAGGUUGGACCAAGAGCGGAGGACAAAGUGAUUCAUGUAAGAGGACUUACCGCCGGGACGGAGUAUAGCAUGUCGAUACGGACUUUCUUGCAAGGUGAAUGGGGUCGAUGGACAGAACCUCAACGGUUCCGUACACAAUUUAAAGUGUCCUUGUCCUUUCUUGAACGCGGCGAGGAUUUUUUUACCAUUACACUGGAAGACCAAAACAAUACCGUGUCGGAUUCACAUUUCAAUGUCAUGGUUAUGCGGGUUGGUAAAGGGGAUGAACGUUUUGUUGUGCUGGAUCAAGAAUUUAAACGUGAACCGAAUGAACCUGGGUUUCGUGUCGGAUCAUUGCAGUCAAACACCGUGUAUGAAGUGAAAUGCAGGCGUUGGCAGCACAAUUGUGUCACUGGGUAUGAGGGAUGGGGUGAUUUUACUGCACCCAUACAAAUACAGACGCUACAACAUUUGGCCCUACAUGUAUUGGAUAUUGGUGAGGAUUUUGCUCAGAUUGUUUGGCGUCGUGGAGUUUCUGAUACGGCGCCGUUGAAUUGUUUGACAACACAGACUUUUCCAGAUUUAAAGUAUGAAGUAGUCAUGGGCUGUGUAGAUACAGGUGAGGAUUAUAUUGUACACAAACAGGUGCUACAAACGAAUUACACCAUUACAAAUUUACGUCCGGCUACAACAUAUAUUGUAUCUGUCCGCGCCUGUAAUGAACUGGAUCAAUGGGGUUUGUGGAGUAAAGUGAGGCUGCGUACUCUUGCUUCCGUUGUGACGUCUGUUCACGAGAUUGGGGAGGACUUUGUACGACUCAUGUGGCAACGGGAGAACAUUGAUGAUGAGAAUGUUAAGAAGGAUGGUAACUGCAAUGAUAACAACUGCCGUCCGAUUGAAAGUUUGGUCAAUGCCGAUGCGUUUGUCUCCCGCUACGCUGUGUUUGUGUGUAGCAGCGAGGAUGGAGAGUCGAUUCCGAGUACAUUGAGCGGAUAUCACAUGGGGGGAAACUCUGAGGUUGCCCGGUACGAGAUUGUCACAAGUGAGCAUACAUCUUUACGUAUGAAUGACCUUCUUCCUGAUCGAGAUUACGUCGCCGUUGUACGUGCGUCUACCGCAACCGGGAAAUGGGGACUUUGGAGCCAUCCGCUGCGCUUCCGCACGAACCCACAGUUUCGGAUUCCAGUCAAUAACCUCACCAUUGGAGAGAACUACGUCAACCUUGUCUGGAGCCGUGACGCCCAUCCAGUGGUGGACAAGGGCGUCUUUCUCGGCGACUUAAGUGUGACUGGACAGCAGUUACGCAUUCAUGGCGUUGACACCCCUUACUCGAAGGAUCACACGCUCCCUGCGGAUUUGCGUGAGCUGAAGAUUUACGGCCUUUCCCCUGCCACGGCGUACACCAUUCAGAUUCGCGUGUGUGGUAAAGGGGGAGAUUGGGGACGUUGGAGUCCUCCCGUGCAUAUUCUCACACGAGACACCAUCGUGACACGGGCUGUUGAGGUCGCGGAAGAUUACAUCAUCAUCGCAUGGGAACGUCGAAAGGUGGCCAACCCUAAAAAUUAUCCCACUGGACGAGGUAUUGUCACUUCCUACCAUUUGCGUGUGUAUAAUAACUCUGGUAUUCACUCCGAGGUGUUUCUCGGCGAUGGGGAUUCCCCGUACCUCAUCUCCAAUAUGACACCAGACACAUAUUACUGUGUCGAGAUGAAGGCCAACUACAAUGAUGAGGAGUGGGGCCUGUGGAGUACCCCAAUGUGGUGCCUCACAAUGAAAACGCUGGAAAUUCAAACCAAAUUGAUUUCUGAGGAGUUUUCAUGUAUUGUCGUUAAACGGCCGUACCAACAGAAGCGACUCCCAGAGGAUGAUGGGAACCGUGCCAGCGAUGAUCGCAUUAUUGCGUUUGGUCAGUUUCGUCCAAAUCUCAUGCUCUGUGUCACAUCACCUAUUCUUAACCCGACACCACACAUCUCUGCGGGAACCACGAGGCCACGUCAUCAAAAUUCAUCCCUGCCACCUGACGCAGCGGACCAUCGACUGAUUUAUCAAACAGAAAUCCUUUGCGCUUCGGACGACACCGAUCACACCAUUCCAAACCUCCGUUCUAACACGGUGUAUAGUGUGUCGGUGCGCUCAAAGCUUGUCAAUGGGGAGUGGGGAAUUUGGUCACAACCCUCACUAUUAUUUGCGACGGUCCCGGCAACGCAGGUGGAGUUCACGGAUAUUGGGGAGAAGUUUUUGAAGGUGGACUGGAAACGAAGUGCACAACGGAUUCCUCCACAAAUUAAAAAUCCUUCCGCUGUAAAAUGCGGGCUUGGCACAAUUAGUGCAUCUCGUGUGAAGGUGCGUGAGAUUGGUGGUUCAUUACAAAGAACAUAUGAAUUGAAUAAUUCCUUGAAAACACUCCGGAUUGAUGCGCUUUCCCCUGCAUCUACCUACGCCGUUUCCGUACAGACAUACAAUGACAACUAUGAAUGGGGUGUUUGGAGUGAAGAGGAAAAGGUCCGCACAAUCCCUGGUAUAGAUAUUGCAGUGCAACAUAUUUCUGAAGAUGCCGUUUGGGUUGCAUGGAAGCGUAAAUCCGAUGUAUCUAAUUUUGUGAAUUAUGAUACGGCCCUUAAUGUGGAUGUUAUUCCUUGUACAUAUGAGAUUAGCAUUGUUGGGGGCGGAUACUUUAAUUAUACGAAGGAGAUGGAUACCAACACUCUUUUCUUUCGUGGUCUACAACCGGAUACUUUGUACAAUUUUCAGGUGCGGGCGCAGUCCUUUGAGAACCAAGAGUGGGGAAUUUGGUCUACGCAGUCUUUUCGUACAAAGCCUCGACUUCGUGUGACAUUUGGAAAUGUGGGUGAACAUUUUGCGAUUGUGGAGUGGCGCCGUCAUUUGCCAAGUUCUAUUGGGGAACGGGAUGUAAACACCGUUGUGGAAUCAGAGGAUGUAGUGCAGCAGUUCCGACUGAAGGUGGAACGUGCGGGCAGCAAGGAGACUUACGUGUAUGACUUAAGUCCAUACAUCAGCAGCUUCCGUCUCAAGUCUCUGCAGCCUUCAUCUGAGUACCGUGUAUGGCUCUGUGCCAAGGGGUAUGAGGGUGUUUGGGGUUUCUGGAACGAUGAGGCCAUUUUUCGUACAUUGCCCAAACUGGAACUGGAAGUGACUGCCAUUGGCGAAGAUUACGUUACGGUUUCAUGGAAACGUGGAAAAUGGGUGGGUGAAACGGUGGCUGAUACCGAUGCGGUUGUACGGGAGGCAGAUGGUGCCGUGAGUGGCUAUAAAGUGCGGGUGUUAGAUAUAAAUGGAAUGGAGGUGGUAUCACAGUUUAUCGGGUUUCGUGAGACCUCCUGUACUCUCUCGCCACUCGAUCUGUCGAGCGUUUACUCUGUCGAGGUGUCGGCCAAAGAUACGUACGACGAGUGGGGUCUUUGGAGUGAUGCGAAGCACUUUAUGACACUUGAGGCGGUGGAUUUGCGUAUUAUUAGUGUGGGUGAAGUCUUCGUGGAGGUGGAAUGGGGUCGCUGCCGUGAAUUAUUACGUCGCCGCCGAGCCCGGCAUGGCCGUCGUCGACGUCGCAACUCCAUUCUAUCGUCGGAUGAAAAUCGCUCUGGCGGAGCCGUCGGUAUGAAUGAGACGGAGGGCAUUUAUAACGGUGGCAACAAUAGCGCCGAUGGAUCCUCUAAAGAGGAGAACUCCAGCGGGAUGGAGUUGCCGGACACGGAUGCGAGGGUUUCUGCCAACAACAGGACGAAUGAUCAAGAGGGCCCUUACCAAAAUGAAGCACACAACAUCGCGGAAAGGAAUGACGGUGAUGAGGAUGGCGAAGAAUAUGAAUUUGACUAUGAAGAAGAAGAACAAGGGGAAGAGGAAGAGGAGGGGGAGGAGGAGGAGUACUACUACUACGAAAAAACACUUCUACAUGGUGAUGACGGUGUACUAAAUUGGCAUCUGCGUGUCCAAGGACAGCGUGUAUUUGGAGGACAGCCUGGGGCAGAGGACUUUGCGGAACUGUGUAUUGCUGCGGACGAGCUACAAUGUGUCAUUGACUCGUUGUUGCCGUAUGCCACUUACUCCGUCUCUGUGCGGGGCCAGGACAAGGGAGGUGCAUGGGGCCACUGGAGCGAACCACGCAAGUUGGUGACAUGUCCACUUCUCGCCCUCACUGCCGACAGUGUCACGGAGACAUUUAUUCACGUCACAUGGAACAGACCUCCUGCGACACUGACGCUGCCGGAAGGUUUCAUUUGUUUCCCACCUGCAAAUGAUAUUCACAAUUAUCAGGUGCACAUUGAACCGCUUGCGACAGAGACACCGUUUGAUGAACAGGAUGAGCCCCUUGUGGAUGGUGCACGUGUGUAUGAGACCUCUCAGCCAUCCUUAAGGCUCUGGAAUCUUUCCCCUGGUGUACGCUAUCGGGUUGUGGUUCGAGAGCAGAUGAUUAACGCUCAAGGCGAAUUUGUGCCCAACGCAUGGGGAUGCUUUUCUGCUAUGCAGGUGGUGGAAACCGUAAAUCCAAUGAAGGUGGUUCCGAUUGAGAUUGGAGAGGAUUACUGUCUUGUUGGAUGGCAUCGCGUCCAGCGUCCAGCCGACAUCGCGUCCGAUAUAAGUCUUGUGACGGGUGUGGCGAAGGUCACCGCGUACGAAUUGCGUGCGGUACGACUGGACGAGAUGGCAAAAAAGGAGUAUCAAGGCCCCUUGGCGCUGGAUGCGGUCGUGCCACUGGAGGCGAAUGAGACCUCGUAUCAUUUGGUCAAUAUUGUAAGCAACACCAUUUACGCCCUGAGCAUCCGCGCGCAGAUGGAGAGGUAUUGGGGUCCAUGGAGUGCCGUCACAAAGUUUGUGUCGCAGAGUCGCCUGGAGGUAAAGGUACGGGCUGUGUAUGAGGACACGUUUGUGGUGAGCUGGAGCCGUCCACUACCGGAGUGGGCGCUGUCACGUGCGGAUUCCAGGAAUCUCAACGGAGAGACAGGGCCCAGGAGAGAGAAGAAACCGGACGCGGAUUUUGUCGUGGAGGAGGUCACCGAUGAAAAUGAGGCAACAGGGGAUGAAAGCAUCAACAACAAUAACGACGACAACAGUAAGGGCAGCAAUUUGUCCGUGGAAAGCAGCAAUGAUUUUUUUGCCACCGUAUUAAUUGGGGACUACUCCGUUGAUCGGUACGAAUUGUACGUGGAUGGGAUCACAUGUGACAUGGAACAGUGCCUGACGUUGCCGAAAGAACAGAUGUCGGCGCGCAUCGGGGGACUCAAACACAACCAGAUUUAUUCCGUGUGCAUUCGCUCACAGAGUGCGAAAAAACAUUGGUCAAUGCUGUCGCGGCGCGAGUCAUUGCUGACGCUCACACCAAUGUGUGUGGAUCUGUCACACUACACUGAAACCAUGACGUUGAUUCGAUGGUUUCGUGCCCCGCAGGAUAUCAUGGUGUACGAUGCCCUUUUAGAGGGCCGCCGAGCCGAGGAGGAACGGCGGUGCGAUGAGCGUGAGCGACAGGAUCUCUUUGAGUUGAAGCGACGUGCGCAAGGGAUGGAGGAGUCUGUGGAGCGAAAAUAUUUGAGUGAUCAUUUGGCGGUGCGGCGGGAACAUAAUGCCGCGCGUCGCAUGGAUGCGUUGCAUCAUCUGCGGAUUGAGAACGUUGUGUUGGGGGAUGCCGAGGUGACGGGUUAUCAUUUCAAGUUUAUGGGGAAGGUUGGGGGAUGCAUGCCGUCCAUUCCAGGAGUCCAGCGCAUGUUGUUGCAACAACGCGGGACACACUCGUCUAGGAGACGGAGACAAGAGAGCGCGAAGAAAUCAGCCGGCAGAAUGCGUCGGCAACAAAACCAGGAGGAAACCCCCACCCACACGUUGGGGGACGCCGCUGCAGGGAAUGGUGCGGCACCUGUAGUGGCAGACGACGAAUUCCCCUCGGAGGAUGCGUCGCUUAUCGACGUUCAGUUGGGCUCACAUGUCACGAGUGUCGUUGUGAAGGAUUUGGAGCCGUGCGCUUCGUUUUCAGUGCAGCUGCGUGCCCGCAAUGCGGCGGGUGAGUGGUGCCCAUGGAGCCAGCGCGAGAGCAUCACAACACUGAAGUCCAUCGAACUCCACCAGAACCGCUUUGGCGAGCAUUACAUCAACUUGUACUGGCACCGUCUACCAGCCGCGUUCAUGCAGCAAAUGGAAGACGAUGAGGCACAGCUGCAUUCUCUGAACGAGGAAUUUGGCCACAUGUCAGCCAAAGAUCUCGAGGACAAGAAGAGGGAGUUGCCGGAGUUGGAGUACAAUGUGAUUUUGGAGAGGCUCAAGGGGUGGUGCGAACUGAAACGUCAGGUGGCACAUGUGCGUUCACAGCUCUCACGUGGACUUGGGGAUGUGAUAGUGCAUGAAAAAACCCCUGUGAAGGGUUUCCAGUUGCGUAUCAUUCACGAAAGUGGGAAAUUUAUGGAUUAUUACAUUGACAACAAAAACAAUAUUCACCAUGACAAUGACACAAACAACCAAGCCAAUAAUGACAAAACCACUAUGGAUACGACGGAUACUGUUGUCACAUCGACCACAACUCCCAUGAACUUUACGUUUACCGUCACCGGACUGGUGUCGAAUACGAUGUAUAUUGCCUUGCUGUGUGCCGACUACGGCGUCGCGUGGGGACCGUGGACGACGCCGCUUAAAUUCAUGACUCAAAAUCUUAUUCAACUCUCCAUUACAUACAUCUCGGAGGUGUUUGUCGAAAUUGAGUGGUAUCGUGCGCCAAACAAACGUAUUCCACCUGGUGAAGAAAACGACGUACUGACAAGUGAUACUGUAUCAAGCGAGGGCCGUGUUUGUCAGGUGCGUAUAACGUACGAGGAUGAGGAAAAUGACGGUAAAAUAGUAGAGGAAUACCGUACCAUGCGCUCUUGUAAUAUGUUUCGCAUUGACAAGUUACGCACCGAUACGAAAUAUACUUUCGCCGUUCGUGAGUGGGAUGCGGAAGGGGAUUGGGGGCUGUGGUGCGCACCAAAGAAAUGUGUGACGUUGCCUGGAAUGGAAACAACUGUAAAGGAACUUGGCGAAGACUGGGCGGAGAUUACAUGGCGCCGCAAGGAGCGACGUGUGGACUAUGACGAUGACAUUGAUGUGUUACAGUAUGACUUGGAAAAGCUUUCGUACUAUUUAAGAGUUCAGGAAUUGCCCGAGAAUGACGAUGAAGAUGAGGCACACGCGGUGCCCCUUGAAGAAAUGAGAGAGAACACCACGGAAUUGAUAAUCUCCGAUGAGAUGGAGGGUAUUUUUACCUCCAACCAUAUGACACACGGUGUAUUGCCAUUACAAGAACAUCCAGUAGAAUUUGAAGGUGAGAAGGAUGGUCUUCAGUGCUUGAUUCGUCGAUUUGGAAAAGACGUUAUCUCCUUUCGACUGGAGAAUUUACGACCAGACCGAUUCUAUAAUGUACAAGUGAUGUGUGAAACAGCAGAGAAUCGUCUGGGUGCGUGGAGCAGUGAUCAGUACUUUAUCACCAUGUCAAAGAUUAAAAUUUCAACUCAAAACAUUGACGAACAGUAUGUGGAUCUUGUAUGGCAACGUCUACCACCAAGACAGCAUCCAAACCUUAAUAUGAGUCGUGUGUUUACAGGACAUUACAUGACCAUUGCAUAUGUAUUAGAGGUGAAGGGUGCUGAUGACUUUUACUUGCAUGAACAAUUACAGGGUCAUAACAAUACUUCAUAUCACUUAAAGGGUCUGUCUCUGAAUACUAUAUACAGUGCCCGAGUGUACUCCAUCAAUGAUGUGGAUAUGAAAAGCCUGUGGUCUGAGACGUUGCGUUUUGUGACACUUGAUCGAGUUAAGGUGCAGCCAUUUGAAAUAUCAGAGCAGUCUAUUAUAUUGGUGUGGGGGCGUGAGGAGCAACGACCCUCAUGCGCAGAGACUGGUGGAAAAUACGAUUCUACAAUAAGUGUUGGAAGUCGGGAAUCGGGUAACUAUCUUUUGCGUGUAUACCAGGGCUGUGAGUUCUCUCGAUGUUUGUUACUGGAGAAGAACUUUCCCGGUGACGUGCACAAGUUUUCUCUGGCGUCCCUUACACCGAACACACCGUACGUUGUCUCUGUGCGGGCAACAAACCUGCUAGGGGAGUGGGGCUUGUGGUCAGAGGAGCGUUGUGUGUAUACAAUGAAGCUUAUCUGUGCAGAGAUUGCGGCCGUUGGGGAAGACUACAUUCGAUUUCUCUGGAAACGUGAAGAACCGGAUGAGUUGCAGAUUGGGGAUUCAUUAAAUUCUCCUAAACAACCCAACAAAAGUGGGCAUGAUGUUUUCACUGAGGAACUGGCCGAGGCGGAGGCAAUCGCUAUAAACGUCGACACGACCGACAAUGACGUCAUUCCAGAGAGACGCACCAGUGAAGGUGUUGAUGGUGCCACGGGCAGUGUUUGUGUGCAGCCACCUACUGAGGCAAAUGUGGAGAUGUCUGGACAAAAACGCCACUCGAUGCGUGGCGUCAACCGCAAAAAGUACCCACUGAUGGACCGUCCGGAGCGAAAGGGUGUGGUGUACAACAGUGCAAAUACAAUUAUUGACGUUUAUGUUGUGAGUGUGCGACGCGCAGACGAGGCUGAGGACUACACCAUUGAGGUGCCUGGUGAUGCUACCAGUUUUACCGUUCCAUCAUUGCGACCGGAUACGCGUUACUCACUGGCUAUUUGCGCCCGCUACGGGAGUGGCCAGUGGGGUGUCAGCAGUGCCUAUGUCACGAGUGGUACGCUCAACUUACUCAAGGUGGAGUUAUCGGGCCUUGGUGAGGAUUAUUUGACCGCCGCGUGGCAACGCUUACCCAUCACAUACGACACGAGUACGGUAAGUCAUGGACGCAAGGAGGACGCCAUCUUUUAUGAGCUUGCGGUCCACGACUUUACGGAUGUUUCUUUUGGUGAGGAGGAUGUGGAGGAUUUGGCGCCCAGGUUGAGGCGUACCGUUUUUGUGCCGGCGAAAGUGUGGUCUUGUACCGUGAAGGAGUUAUUCUCCCACCAUCGCUACCGUGUGUGUGUUCGACGGUGGUACAAACCGCUUGAGGCAUUUAUAAACGACGCCCCUUGUGAGUCUCCGAGUACGGAUGAUGAGCAAAUAUUGGAUGCGAUACGUCGUAAUCACGGCUUACCUGGUACAUGGGGCGAAUGUCUCUACGACGUGACUUUGCGUGAUAUGAUGUGUUUCUUGACAGAUAGUGCGGAAGACUUCUUUGUUGUGCGGUGGGAGCGGGAUCCACGGGCCCCGGCAUUGCCAGUCCUUAACCCAUUUGUCCAGAUGCCUGUACAAGGUUACCACCUACGUAUCGAUGAGAUGCAGUGGGACGGCGUCACUGUUGUCACCAGUGCCGAUUCCACUCAUAUUGAUCAAUCGCUUGAUGCCAAUGAAACGAAUUACAAGGCGCAGAACUUGAGACCCGACACUUUAUACCGUAUUGAUGUACGUUGCUGCGUUGACAAUGUUUGGGGUCGUUGGAGCCGUAAUUUGUUUGUUCGAACGUUACCCAAGUUUUUCAUUGAUAUUGCUAACAUUGGUGAAGACUACGCAGCAUUUUCAUGGCAAAGACCCCGCCGUAGUUCAUGUCUUUCUGAUGGGACAGAAGUGUUUUGUGGAAAUGGUGACAACAUUGAAAGAUAUCACCUUGAGGUGGUGGGAAUUGAGCACAGGUUUCAUGUAAGCAAAAAGUUUAAGGCGGCACGUAACAAUUAUCGCAUCAAGCAACUGGAGGCAAAUACCGUCUACUCUGUCAGUGUACGUUCGUUUGACACACGCUUUGACGGGUGGAGUUUAUGGAGUGAGCGUGUCCUAUUUGCCACGCUGAAGCCGAUGCAUUUAACAGUUGGCACUGUUGCGGAACAGUAUGUCAUGGUUGAAUGGGACCGUGAAGAGCAGACAUCUGAGGAAUACAGUGAAAUUGUGGGAGAAGGAGGAGGCAUCGUUCAGCUUGGAAACCCCGAGGUGAUCGCGUACCAGUUGUGUGUCUUCUUCACCCAACACACCCCAUCUCUUGCUGUGGUUGACAAACAGUUUCCGAAGGAUGUGACCCGUUAUUGCCUUGGCUCUCUCUCUGCCGAUACGCCAUAUGUGGCUGUUCUGCGUGCAUGUAACACCGAGUCACGUUGGGGACUUUGGAGCAAGGAGGGAUGCUUCCAAACCCAGCGCAUAUUGGAACUCUGCGUGAUAACGGUGGGUGAAAACUGUGUACGGGUGAAAUGGGAGCGUUCCGAGGUUGACUUUCACGAGGACGGACGCGGCGCCGGCACAAGGGCGGAACCCAUUAUAUAUCAACUACUGCUGAAGGCCGAAACAGAGACGAUUGAGCGAUUGAUUCAACCCAUUGAUUGUGGUGUGACGGAGGAUGAUUUUAAGCUUCCCACCUAUUUGUUGGAAGGACUUACUCCAAAUACAAACUAUCUGAUGGCGCUUCAACCGGGUUAUGAGGAAAACCGCUGGGGAUUAUGGACUCCCACCAUCAACUUUAAGACACUGCAACCUAUCUCUAUUACUCCUACCACCAUUGGCUCAAAUCGUCUGGUGAUUUCGCUUUGCCGAGGCGUCGAGACACCGUCAACGGAGGCAGAUAUUGUUGCUACAGGGAAUGAAGAGCCUGAGCGUACGGCGCCUUCUGGGAGUAUUGUAUAUUACCAGCUGGUGCUUCUUAAGACGGACGAACAGCAAAUUGCACAGGAAAAGGAGCGUGAAAGUGAACCGAAUUUUUUGUCUACCCAUGCUACUCUCUUCUCUACGGUAGCCACGCAACGUACUCUUUCCAUUUCUGCAGCUGCGGUUGGUGCGGCUAGUGUUGCUGCUGCUGAUGCUACUGCUGAUGCUACUGCUGAUGCUACUGCUGCUGCUGCGGUUGAGCCCAAUUCUAUUGUUGCUGAAGAUGCUGGAGAGGUGGACGCCGAAGAGACCAUGUAUGCCUCCCCUACAAUCCCCGCUGCUUCUGUUGCCGUAGAUGCAGAAUCCCUUGCGGCGACGACGGAUGAAAAGCCUGUUUUACCUAAAGGACGUGUGGCCAGCGUGGUGAUAGAAGAAGAGCCUCCUGUGCCUGAGGGGUAUGACAGGGGAAGUUUAUCACGUAGUGCCUUUUUUUGUCCGCCAGCGAAGAAGGAUAAUGUAGUAUUGACGCGUGAUUUUGAAGUAAACAAGGAAGAUCCAACCAACACCAUCUGUGAGCUGGAGGAACUGGAAAGCUCCACUCUUUACAAAAUCCAAGUCCGUGCAUUGGACGAGAAUGGGAUGUGGGGUACAUGGAAGGAGUUAAAUGUGGAGACGGCACCUUUUCCACCGCAUUCUGUGGCAAUGCACCGCAUCAAUGCCCAAUUCUGUAUGCUGCAGUGGGAACCCCCUGACAACCGAUACCUCUACCGUUACGUGGUGGAGCAGGCUUUUGCCCCCUCCGAUACACGCGGGAAGACAAAGGGUGGAACAGAGUGGCGUGUUGCUGAUACUGUGGAAGAUACCUUCUGCCGUGUGCGUUUUACCGUACCGCCUAAUAAGAUGCGUUGCCGCGUCAAGGCCGCACGGGUGGGUGAGGGCCACGAGUUCAGUGAAUUCAGUGAACCGGUGAAACUUUCAAGCGGUACACCACCGGAGCCGGUGACGCAACUUGCCAUCACAGCCAUUGCAUACAACUUUAUGACGGUGGAGUGGGCUCAAUCGCGGUCCGAGAUCAGCGGCACCUCUCGCCAAGCACGGACAUUGACAUACCGCAUCUAUCUUGGCAUCCGGGACCAUACGCCUAUCUUUGUGACGACCGUUUCUCGGACCACCAGUUAUACGCUUGAAGAUUUGGAGCCGUCAACGGAGUACACGAUUCAAAUUGUGGUGGAAAAUGCCGAUGGCAUGAGCUACAACAACCCCACGAUUCGUGCGGUGACGAAAAGUGAGCAGGAUUCGACUGUCACACGACAUGAACCAGGUGAACCACCACUGGGCAGCAUUGUGGAGUCCAUUUCAUCUCUGCGGCGUACCCUACUUCCGGAAAUCCCUUCUGCUCGUCCAACGUUGGUCCCGCAGCCGCCAUCACGCUCUAAGCGCAAGAGGAUUAGUGGUAGGAGUACACCCGGGGCGGCGACAGCAACAUCGUCGACAGCGGUAACGGGCACUGCAGCUGUGUCAACUAAUGAAAGCCGUGGGAAUUACAGAUCUAUGUCUCGCACGGGGUCAGCACCGCGUAUUAUGGAAAUGAAUUCAAAGCGAGGAACACGAGAUCGACUUCCAUCCCUAAAGAGGAAGCGUUGA